AUGAGGUAUAACCUGCCAACACUAUUGGCCUUGUGCCAGGACACAGGUGUGCACUGCAAGUGGACCAGCGAAGCAAGACACUGCAGACGAGCGCGUCCUGAUCGAAGCAAGAAGCCUAUCCUUUCAGAAAACCCAAGAAAUCGGCCGACUAGAGAGUCAGUCAGGUCAUCGCGACCGAGCAAAAAUCCAGCAUCGAAAGCCUCCAAGAAUCGCCCGACUCGUACCAGCAAAAAGCCCUUUGAGCCUGUGUUCUCCACGAAUGACGCAGGCUUUGCCCAAUUUCUGAAAAAGCACACUUCCCCGAAACACCAGCGAGUCACGGCUGGGGGAAGAAUCGUUCCAAUGGAGCCACCAAGACCACCCCGUCUUGGUGGCCCAUCACCUGCGCCAAUGGCUGUAAUGAAUGACGACGAAUCCAUUGUUGAAUAUGUCUUUGUUGAAGGUCAACUUGUGACUGGUGGCCCCAACAGAGCCACACAAGAGAACUUGAUGACCAUCCGUUCUUCCGCAGAGUCCGAUAAUAACUUGCAUGAGCAGUUGCCGUCGCCUUUGCUGGCAAGGACACCCCAGUUUGCAGUUCCUGUCAAUCCACGUGAUUCAACUGUUUCCCAGAUAAUUGGAUCAAACACUCCAUAUUCUGAAUGGAUUGAGCAACAGCCCUCAGGCGAAGUCGACCCGGAGUUCGUUCGCCAAACCUAUACUCCAAAUGCAGCGCUGGGCUAUGAGCCCACUAGUCAGGCUGAGGAGCGCCGGGCACGAUGGGUUUCGAUCGAGAGUCUGAUUAGCCAUGAUGAUGCUGCAAUUGCGCAGAUGAUGUCGUUCAUGUUCCCGUUUGAUAUGUUCCCGGGUUGCGAUUUUUAUGUUCGAUACGUAAGAGUGUCGUGGAUGUGCGGCCUUGAUGCAAUGAUUGAGGCAAAGUCACGACUGACUAGCAAACUCCGGAACCAUGGAAGAUAUCUGGAGGAGGUCAACGAAGCUAUCGCAUUAGACCCACAGAUUUCACCUGGCGAUGCUUGUUAUAAUUUGCGUGUCUACAACAUCAACGAACGGGCCAGAGUGCUCAACGCUCUUGAUGAAUAUGAACAGCUCAUGGGCUAUGCAGACCCAGCUGGCAUGGACAAUCCCAAUGAUCCAGAAGGUAUUACUGUCAACGCAGCCCAUCAGCAUCCCACCCAUAUUCAAGGGCAACCAGGAAGAACGAUCGAUGGUGGUUCAUAUGACAACACGUCGACUGAUGGUACCAAUGAGGUUGAGCGUGUCAACAUCAAUCGUGGGGUCGAUAUUAUUGACCCCAACACUGGCCAUCCCAUCCAAUUCCAGAGGCAACAAUUAACAGCAACAAACAACAACUGCAAUGGAACAGGCCGCACAAACGGGAACAACUCAGAGUUUGAUGACAUGCAGGUUGAUGGAAGCUCAGAGUUGUUGAUUCGUGAUCAUGGAAAUGAAAAUCGCAGCAGAAAUAGAAGCAACUCACUCAUCGAUCGGAUCCAGGUUGAUAGAAGAUCAGAGUUGUUUCAUGAUGCGAAUGGAACAAGCGGCAAUGUGCCUACAGGAAGCAAUGAUCCGCCUUUUGACGCCAACACCCGAUUGGGCAUUGACUUGCCUCCGGAAAUGGGUUCUGGGAUGGAACACGAUGCAAUCAUAUCACGGCUCCCCCAGGAGACAUGGACAGAACGUCGUCCGAGAAACGGACGUCGUAUCAGCUACACCUUGCCUCGGAACUUCGGCCGAAACAUUCAGAAUUUUAGAUCGGCGUUGCAUUCCAUUACUGAAAUCGACCAUGAUGAGCACGCCAUCGAACUAACUAGCACAGCUGAAAACGAUGGGAGUCACGCACCAAACCUCGCAUUUAGCGUCAACGAAGAUGAAGUGAUCCAUGGUGCAACUCAGAAUGGGCUUCGGUUUAUUCAGAAUGAGCCCCGCGGCGCAUCAGUUUCGGGCGGUUCAGAUGACGAGCAACAGACGAUCAGAGAUUCUAGCACCGGACCUGGACUGAAUGAAGAGAUGCUCUCAGCCAUUUCCUUUGGUUUGCAGCGCAGAAGUCCUGAGCUGUUGGAUUACCAGGCGUCUCUCAUUCCACAGGAACUUUUCGAUAUGUUUGUCGUGGACGUGGAGGGUGGUCAGGAAGUGGAAGGAUCCAGUGAACGGAGAGGACGCUCAGCCGAACAAUCAGAGGAUGGCAUGAACCACAGCCGCAGUGGGAGCUUUACCCUGACAAUGAACAGCUUCGGAGCGGAUUACCCAGACGACAUGUCGGAUACACCCCUGUUGUCUCGGAAUAGCCCAUACGGCAGGUAUAGCCCAUUGUCCCGGAAUAGCCCAAGCAGGGUGAUCUCGAGGUCGAGUGUCCGCCGUAGGCACCAUGUACCUGUAGGUGGUCUCAGCAGCGUUGGGUCUCGUAUGAUCACAUCGAGUCUGAAUGCCCGCCGAAGGCACGACGCACGUGAAAAUGUCCGAAACGCCCGUCGCUCGCUCACGAAUUCAUCGAGAUUGAUUGAUGACUUGAGAGACGAAGUACCUGCAACAACUGUUCUCGGUUUCGACGCGCCAGACAGUCAGCAAACCACCAAUUACUUCCCUGUCUACUCCUCGCAGUUGAUUAAUGCCAGUGUCAGACAUACUGCGCCCGCUAUUGUGAACACCAGCAGAAUCAAUGCGCAUGCUCACCACUGA